CCACCACAGACAAACAGACGUAAAUCUCUUUUUAAUUCCAUCAAUCAGGAAUAUAACGGCUGAUUUGAAUUUAAACUUAGUUCUCGGAUUAUCCACCAGAAUAGGAUGGCGCUGCAAUCAAGGCACACUUUCAAAUGACGUUUAAGCUAGCGCGCCAAAAGUUUUGUUUUUUUUCUGCUGCUACUUGAGUGUGAGGAUGGACCAGUUUGGAGAAGAUUGAUCGGUGGAAUUUUUGGAUCCGGACCCGCCACCGGGUGUGGAUUCCUCUGAAUGGUCUGUUGAGCAUUUAGAUAAUCCUCAAUCCUUCCCGGCCGAACCGUUAGAAGAAGAGACGCCGGAUUGAUUUGAAAGUUUUAUCACAAAACACGAGCUACAGGAUGAAGAUAUGCCGGAUGCGAACUGCGGAAGUCUACUGCUAGACCGACACGAGCCACUGGACGAAGAAAUGCCGGAAGCUACGAGUAACGAUUCCGGUGUUCUGAACAUCGGAAGAUUCUUAGGCAAUUCCAACAACGAGACGCCGUCCCAUUCAGCUGAUUUUGUUAUUUCAUCCGUCGGCGUUGAUGGUGUACCCCAACUUGACCAGGUGAAUGGGUUAGGCAAUGCAGUGUCCACCGGAAUCGCCUCGCCAACCUCGAGCACGCAAGAGACCGCGAGAAUCUUGACUCCGUCGUGGUUCUCAAAUCCGGCCUUCGUGAAUGACGCGGUGUCCAGCGAUGGCAGUUGCGCGACCCGGCCGACUUCGAGGACGCAAGAGACCGCGAGAAUCUUUACUCCGUCGUGGUCCUCAAAUCCGGCCUUCGUGAAUGACGCGGUAUCCAGCGAUGGCAAUUGCGCUUACCACGAUUUCAGCAACUCGGUAUUGACAACCCGGCCGACCUCGAGAAUGUUGACUCCGUCGUGGCCCUCAAAUCCGUCCCUCAUGGAUGAACCGGUGUCCAGCGAUGGCAAUUGCGCGACCCGGCCGACUUCGAGCACGAGUCUACCAAACAGCGUUUCUCGUGAAGAGUCGAUCGUUUACAGCAUCGUAUGGCCAUCCCCGCAAUCUCCGAACCGUGUUGAUAUCAUCAAACGAGACCACGCGGAGCCACCUCGUGACCCCACUCUUUAUGAUGACUUCGGCCCAACAAACUACAAACAAUUGUACAACAUGGCCACUGGUAAGGUUGAAGAUGCAGGUAUAGACCGUCGACAACAAGGUCAACCUGGUCUCAUACGAUUAUUUGGUUGCUUGCAAGUGGACUAAAUUGCUUGCCGAGAAGGUAGCUUAACCUCACGCCAAGAAAUUUAUUAUUUAAACUCAUGGCCAAUUUGUGGGCAUUGUUCACAAACAGCGCAGGAAUACCCAAACCACCCUCAAACUGGUGCAUCUUUCCAUCAACCUCUGCAGCCUACACGAAUGUUUCCUCGGCAAGAUUUACC